GAUGCAUAUCUUAUCUUUACAACGAGUGCCGCGGCGGUGUACCCUCUCCCUUUGUCUGAGUUAUAUUCAGCAACAAAAUAUGACACAAUCGUCUCCAUGCGGUCAAUCGCUCAACUUAUGAUUGUCGAUAAGAUUAGAGUCAAUGCUAUCUGCACUGGAGCUGUUUUAACACCAAUAUUACCGUCAGAGGUACGCAGCGCAUUACCGCAUAAGGUUUUAACACCAGUCUCAAUUGUGGUAAGCGUAGUACUAUCUCUUGUGGAUGGGAAUGAGAUGACAGACGCAGAUGGAUACCAGAUUCCUGGAAACAAACUGCACGGUCAGACAGUGGAGGCCAGUGUCGAUAAAUUCUAUUUUCGACCCCAACCCGGGUACUGCGACGGAAACAUGGAACGAGUAUGGGCAGUUCUAUGA